AUGUUUAGCCUGAGAUGGUACAUUCUUGGAAAACAUUCAGAUUUUGUAUUUACCGAGAAUACAAACUCACAGGUUGAUCUCGAAAACAGAUUAUUGACUGAAAAUGAGUGUUUGACUAGUCAAAUGUUGAAUUUGAGUACAUUUGAAACAGAUGACCCAACUGAAUGCUUUGAUCUCCUGAGAGAAUUUGAAAUGGCAGAAAACGAACCUUUUAAUGAGCUUGAAGAGGAUAGUGCUCAAUAUGUAGCUGGCUAUAUUUGUAAUCGGUUUGCCAGAAAAUAUCCAGAUUUGAUAAAACAAACAGAUGAUGGUGAUGUUGCAGAAGACUGUUGGACUAAUGUCAAGUCAAGAGGUGGUUUGAAAUUACCAUCAAACAAUUUGAUGGCAGCAAUCAAAUUUCUUGAAAUUGAAUUUAAAUUAGUGAAUGGUGAUAAUAUUUCAAAAAGUAAAGGGAUAAUGAAAAAUAUGAUUAAUAGAUUGACACCAAUAAUUCAAUAUUUGUCUAUCCCGCAAGAAGUUAUUGACUGUCUAGUUAGGACACGGACAUUCAUAAGAAUGAAUAAUCUUAACAAACAAUUAAUUUCAGAUAAAUAUCAAAAAAAAAAGUAG